CCGAGCGCGAAAUCAUCCGAGAAGCUGAAAGGGGUAUCAUUGGAAAGACGCAAAUAUUCCUUGGGAGCGAGGCAUCGAUUACCCGGUCCUCCUCGCUCCCCUCCCCCUUCCCUCCGCGGCUCCGCCUCUGUUCGGUCGGCAGCAAUCCUCGGGGCAAGGAAAGGAAAUCCUCGAUCCUUCCCCAGCGAGCGCGCCGAGAGGAGGAGCGAAGCCAUGUCCAUGCCGGAGGCGGGGCAAGCGGCGGAGAGGGAUGAGCGCGGGAGAGACGACUACGAGCAGCAGCAGGCCCGGGUGCUUGUGGCGCUGAUGCAGAGCUUCUGCGCCGCGCGGUACCGCAAGGCCGACAACACGCCCUGCCCCAUCGAGCAGGGUCUCUACUUGGGAUCUGUUGGAGCAGCAUUGAAUAAGGAGGCUCUGAAGAGCUUGAACAUCACCCAUAUAUUGAUUGUUGCAAGAUCACUGAGUCCAGCCUUUCCAGCUGAAUUCAAUUACAAGAAGAUUGAGGUACUUGACAGCCCUGACACUGAUUUGUUGAAGCACUUUGAUGAAUGCUUUAGUUUCAUAGAUGAAGCUAUCAGCUCUGGAGGCAACGUGCUAGUUCAUUGCUUUGCUGGGCGGUCAAGGAGUGUGACAAUUGUUGUUGCAUAUCUCAUGAAGAAGCAUCAAAUGAGCCUCGAAAGUGCCUUGUCACUAGUUAGAAGCAAACGGCCUCAAGUGGCUCCUAAUGAGGGGUUUAUAUCCCAGCUGGAGAACUUCGACAAAUCCCUGCAAGGAUGGGGCGUUAGCCACCUCCAAGCUCCUCGCCGCUCCUCCCUGGACAAAGACAAUGCCACCCAGAGUUCAAGCGCAUUGCGAGCAACUAGCGCCGGCGACGCAGGGGCUUGUGCUGACACUGUAAACCCAGUGGAGCAGGAACGGAGAAUGGAAUCUUUGCAGAGCUAAAUAUAGGUGUAGAAGCAUGUAUGUCAAUAAUGCAAUGUUAAGAACCCCCUGACUGCAUGUUAUGUUAUCUAGAUAUGAAUGCUUUGGCAAAAGACUUCACCGCUUUGUGCUGUAAACAGCAAGUGACAUUGGUCAUUCAUCGAUUGGGUUCCGUUGGAUUAGAAUAUGUUUACAUGCUCACCAAUCUUCACUGUAAUUUUUAUUCCAAUGAAUCAAAUGUUAAUAAUCGGUGCUACUUCUUUUUUUUAUCUUUACAUUUAGGCAAUAUAAUUUUGAUGCUUAAAUUGUAUUAACCAGCAGCAUGCUUAACUUGUAUGGUUCUUCCAA